AUGGUCAAGUUGAACCGUGGUCAAUUCCGGGAUACUCCAUACGUGGACUUUCUUGAGGAGCGCCUCAAGGUUGCAAUCGAGAGAGCCUGGAUCAAGCUCCGUUUCUGUCAUCCAGGAAUUGCAGCCACAGUCAGUAGAGAUGUCAUUACAGACACGCUCUUAAGGUCUUUUCUUCGCAUCAGCGGUACAGAUCCUUCGAGAAUACCUGAUUGGGUGGCCGCGACUUUUGCAUCUGGUCCCAACGAGGAGUCCAUUGCUAGCAUGCAAGGGUCGCUCGACAGUUGCCAUCUCUCUGCGCUUAUCCCUGAUCCAGACCCUCACAGAGAAGCGCUAGAGAUUCAGUUGAUUCUGAGAUCGCCCGCCUGGCUAAUUGACACUAACGGUUGUCUCGGGCUUCUCAAUGCGGUGGUCAUGUUCGCCGCCAACGACCUCAGAAGACCUACACCAGAGUUUCUCGACUGGGAAACUCGAGAAAACAACGUGGACCAUCUGCGUGCCGACCGAGUUCCUGUUUUGGAUAGCAGCCAUACAUGCAGACCGCUCGGCCACGGCAAGCAACCUCCUGCUCCUCUACCUCCCGGUUUCGUAGCUUCGGAAUUUCCGUCGCAUUUGAGUUUCCUGCCCGACGUGCUUCUGGGUCCGGAAUCGAUCGUCCCCGCCAACCGGUACAUUGAGCUGGACGAGAUCGACUCCAUAUUGCUGGUGGCGAAUCUGUCGGCGCUAGGCAGAACAGUGUCUCAGGCAUUUCACGCAGCGAUGAUAUUGGUAUCUCGAGAUUGGCAGAACCGGCACCUGCUCCCGGGCUUGGAUGCUCAAGUCGUUCGAUACAGGAGCCACAUCACCUGUGACAAAAGGCCUUUUGUUCCUCGCAGAGUUCAAGACCCAGCAUCAGUUCAUCACAGACUUUCAGACAAAUGCCUCGUGGUCGAUGUGCGCUCUUCAACGGAUCUGCCGGUGCUCGUCCCCGAAUGGCCGGACGGGCCACCUCCAGGGAUCAUAUCUCUGAAUGGACCACUCGGCAGAGUGGGAACACUUAUCUUCAACUGCCCGGGUACCGACGCUUCUCGUGCAGAGCAGAAGGAGUUUCUGAUCGUCAUGUCACAAAUCAAGAAGUUCUACGGUGAAGUCAAAGCCGAGCCCGACCUCAGGCCUGAGCCGCUUGAGGAUGCCGAUGCUGUCGACUCGGACGUAGUGACGUUCUUGGAGAGGAGCGACCAAAAGCCUAUGCUGGUAUUCAUACCUGGAAUGAACAACAUCGACUCAAUUAUGCGGACUAACAUUGGUUCCCUUCACAUUGAGCGGCCUGUUAUCACCCGAUCCGUACUGAACCGAGACGUAGUCAUGAGUGUAAUGGUUCAUGAGAACAGAAUGACUUUUUCUGCGAGCUGGAAUAGCUACUGGCACACGGAGGGCCGAGUCCAAGAAGUCAUGAACAACUGCGUAGACAAGGUGUUUAGGUGCCUGGGCCUCCAGGUUCCAAUUCCACCUGCCAACGCGGCGAUUCAGAUCGAGCCUGAAGUGCCCGAGGUGAUACCUGGAAGGCAAUGGAUUGUACCCCCAAUCAGGGAAAUUCUAGGCCCAUAUUUUUGA